CUAAUUGCUUCUACUUUACAUGAAAGUAAUUUUUUUUCUUACCAAAAAAAUGAAUGUGCCUUUUGCUACCUGACUGACUGUUGCAAUUUUCUUUUCACCUUUGAACUUCCAAACACAAACUAAAAUAACUGAUACCUGUCUUUGGUCACCACCUGGAUCCUCCCUUCCCCACUUUUCAACGGCCCAGAUCUACCCAAUCCCACCCCUUUCAAUCAUAUAAUAAUAUAUAUCUUUUCAGUAAUGAAAAAAAAGUUUAACAUACCAAAGAAAAGACAAACAGAAACACAAGCUCACCACUGAAUCUCACACCUUUUUUUUUUCUUUUUAAGUGAUUUUUUAAAAAUUAUUUCAAUUCUAGAUCUCUUCCAAUGGAUUCAGCUGUUUCACUUGAUUUAAUUUCUGUUUUUGAAAGCUAAUUUUGUUUCCAAUUUUUCUAAAUUUUGGAAAAAAGAAACAAAUGCCAAGCAACGCGGGCUCUGGAGAAUCAACUUCAACUCAACCGCCGCGAAACCCUAGCCGGAAGAAAGCGGAGAGGCCACCGGUACUGAAGAAGUUCAAAACUUUAUCACCGGAUGAUCUGCGGCCCACCCCACACUUUCCGGGCCCGCUUUUCCCGGCCGUUCGUCGCGUCACCAGCCUUCCUUCGUCUUCCGAUCGCCGCGCCUCCAUUGACACCGUUGCAUCCUCCAACGGAAGCAAUGUUACUAGUAGUAAUCUUAAUAACAGUGGUGUUGUAAAUAACUUCUCCGAUAGAGAUUGGAUGUAUCCUUCAUUUCUUCGGCCCCAUGCGGCGAGGAAUCGGGUGGUGACCGUUAAGGUGGCGCCCAAGUCGCCGAGUCGAGGAGGUGGGGAGCUAUUAGCGGAUGGGGAGCAGCAUAAGGCGGUUGAUGAGAAGCAGCUGACUGGCACUCCUACCAACAAGGAGGAAGUGAAAACUGUGGCGAGUCAAGUUUCAACGACGACGAUAACUCAAUCGAGUUCGGUGAGUUGGUCGACCGCGAGGAGGAUUCGAGGGAUGAAAUUAAAGCGUUAUUUCAUCUUUUCUUUGAUUAUUUUCAGUUGUAUAUUUCCUGUAAGUUAUGUAAUUCACCUGCGGAAUAGAGUUGCGAGACUAGAGGAAGAGAAUAUUAACCUUCGUAGAUGUUGUGAUGAAACCGAUGUUGUUAGUAACAAUGGCAAUGAAGUUUUGCAGCCUGAAGAUGAUAGUUCAUUAAAUUUUUUUGGUAAUGCUGACAGUAGAACUGUUGCUUUAUAUACAGUGGUGUUCAUACUCAUCAUGCCUUUUGUGUUGUACAAAUAUCUUGAUUAUCUUCCGCAAAUAAAGAAUAUCUCCAAAAGAACAAAGCCUAACAAUGAGGAGGUUCCAUUGAAGAAGAGAAUUGCAUAUAUGGUGGAUAUUUGUUUCUCUGUAUAUCCUUAUGCAAAGCUGCUUGCACUCCUUUUUGCUACAAUAUUUCUUAUAGGAUUUGGUGGCUUGGCAUUGUAUGCGGUCAGUGAUGGCAGCCUUGCCGAAGCUCUUUGGCUUUCAUGGACUUUUGUGGCUGACUCUGGAAAUCAUGCUGAUAGUAUUGGAGCUGGUUCCAGGAUUGUUUCUGUCUCUGUAAGUUCAGGAGGCAUGCUGAUAUUUGCAAUGAUGCUUGGGCUUGUCUCAGAUGCAAUAUCAGAAAAGGUUGAUUCACUCCGAAAGGGGAAGAGUGAAGUCAUUGAAAAGAACCAUAUAUUAAUUCUUGGAUGGAGUGACAAAUUGGGUUCACUUUUGAAGCAACUUGCAAUAGCAAACAAAAGUGUUGGUGGCGGAGUUGUUGUCGUUCUUGCAGAAAGAGACAAGGAGGAAAUGGAGAUGGAUAUAGCAAAGCUGGAAUUUGACUUAAUGGGGACAUCUGUCAUAUGCAGGAGUGGGAGUCCUCUGAUACUGGCUGAUUUAAAGAAGGUCUCAGUAUCAAAAGCGCGUGCCAUCAUUGUAUUGGCAUCUGAUGAAAAUGCAGAUCAGAGUGAUGCACGUGCCUUGAGGAUUGUGCUUAGUCUAACUGGAGUAAAGGAGGGUUUGGGGGGUCAUGUUGUGGUUGAGAUGAGUGACCUUGACAAUGAGCCUUUGGUGAAGCUUGUUGGAGGAGAUCUCAUAGAAACUGUUGUUGCACAUGAUGUGAUUGGGCGCUUGAUGAUACAGUGUGCCCUGCAACCUGGCCUGGCACAGAUAUGGGAGGAUAUAUUGGGGUUUGAGAAUGAUGAGUUUUACAUCAAAAGGUGGCCUCAAUUGGAUGGUAUGGAAUUUGAAGAUGUGCUCAUUUCCUUUCCUGAUGCAAUUCCUUGUGGAGUCAAGGUUGCUGCAGAUAGUGGGAGGAUAAUCCUAAAUCCAGAUGAUAAUUAUGUACUAAAAGAAGGGGAUGAAAUCCUUGUUAUAGCUGAGGAUGAUGACACUUAUGCUCCUGCUCCCCUUCCAGAGGUGCAUAGAAUUGCUUUCCGAAAUGUUCCUGAACUUCCAAAAUAUCCAGAGAAGAUACUAUUCUGUGGCUGGCGGCGUGAUAUUGAUGAUAUGAUUAUGGUUCUGGAGGCUUUUCUUGCCCCAGGUUCAGAAUUGUGGAUGUUUAAUGAAGUUCCAGAAAAAGAAAGAGAGAGGAAACUGAUUGAUGGUGGACUUGAUAUUUCUGGAUUAGACAACAUAAAACUUGUCCACCGUGAGGGAAAUGCCGUCAUUAGAAGGCAUUUAGAAAGCCUUCCUUUGGAGACUUUUGAUUCUAUUUUAAUUCUUGCAGAUGAGUCACUGGAAGACUCUGUAGUGCAUUCAGACUCAAGAUCUCUUGCAACCCUUCUCCUUAUUCGAGACAUACAGUCUAAACGUCUUCCUUACAAAGAUACAAAGUCAACUUCUUUACGGUUCACUGGGUUCUGUCACAGCUCUUGGAUCCGUGAAAUGCAGCAAGCUUCAGAUAAAUCAAUAAUCAUUAGUGAAAUUCUGGACUCUAGGACAAGGAACCUGGUAUCAGUCUCCAGAAUCAGUGAUUAUGUGCUAUCAAAUGAGCUUGUAAGCAUGGCACUGGCAAUGGUAGCUGAAGACAAGCAAAUAAAUAGUGUUCUUGAGGAACUGUUUGCAGAGGAGGGGAAUGAGAUGUGUAUCAAACCAGCAGAAUUCUAUUUAUUUGACCAGGAAGAGCUAUGCUUUUAUGAUAUAAUGAUUAGAGGUCGCCAACGACAAGAAAUAGUUAUUGGCCAUCGCCUUGCAAAUUCUGAGCGUGCAAUUAUUAAUCCUCCAAAAAAGUCAGAACCAAGAAAAUGGUCUAUUGAUGAUGUUUUUGUUGUCAUCUCAUCAGGUUCUUGAACAUGAAUGAUAUAUAAUACUUCGCUUUGUAAUUGUGCUGUUAACUAUUAUCCUCAACCCAACCUAUCUUUUUCACUGCCACAUUAUUAACUGUAACUAGAGUUGAACUGAGACAGGUAUCUCCAUUACCGAAGUUAGGUAGAAAGCUUUUAAAGGUGGGCUUUUUACCCGGCAAUUAUCAUGUACGAGAUUGUCUUGAUGACAGAAGUUAGAUAUCUUCAUGAUCUGUAUGAGAUUUUUGUUAAGAAAAUGAGUUGAUUUUUGUUCAGAGGUAAUGCAGAUGAAUCCAUUGAUACCAUAUUUCCGAGGAAUGACACCACAAUUAAGAAGAUAAUGCACUACCACCGAUCGAACUACAAUUCAUUUUGUAUGAUAUUUGAUGUUGGAAAUGACUGGAUGGGAAUGCAUAAAGGGCAGCACAAAACAUCGAAUUUACAUUGUCAUAGAUCCGUAAAUUUAUAGUUAGAUUUAAUAAGAA